AUGGCUUUGGCCUUGGGAGUUCAGCUCCUCCUGGGUGCCCUGGCUGUUAGUCAUGGAUUUAACCUGGAUCUGGAGGAGCCCAUAGUGUUCAGAGAUAAUGAAACCAGCUUUGGGCAGACUGUGGUACAGUUUGGUGGAUCUCGACUGGUGGUGGGAGCGCCCCUGCAGGUGGUGGCAGCCAACCAAACAGGACAGUUGUACGACUGUGUGCCAGCCACUGGCUCAUGCCAACCCAUCUCGCUGCACAUCCCCACAGAGUUUGUGAACAUGUCCUUGGGCUUGUCCUUGGCCACUUCCAUGAACCAGUCCCAGGUGUUGGCCUGUGGCCCAACCGUGCACAGAGCUUGUGGAGAGAACACAUAUGCAAAAGGCUCCUGCCUCCUGCUGGACUCACGCUUGCAGAUCAUCUGGACAUUUCCAGAGGACCUCCCAGACUGCCCACAUCAUGAGAUGGACAUCGCCUUCCUCAUCGAUGGUUCUGGCAGCAUAGAGCAGAGUGACUUUAGCCAGAUGAAGGACUUUGUCAGAGCUGUGAUGGGCCAGUUCCAGGGGACCAACACCAUGUUCUCUCUGAUGCAGUAUUCCAACAUCCUGAAGACCCACUUCACCUUCACGGAAUUCCGCACCAGCUUGAGCCCUCAGAGCCUGGUGGACCCCAUCAUGCAGUUGAGAGGCCUGACAUUCACAGCCACCGGCAUCCUCCAAGUGGUGAAGGAGUUAUUUCAUAGCAAGAACGGGGCCCGCCAAAGUGCCAAGAAGGUCCUCAUUGUCAUCACGGAUGGACAGAAGUACAGAGACCCCCUGGACUACCCCGAGGUCAUCCCGCAGGCAGAGGAAGCAGGCAUCCUCCGCUACGCCAUCGGGGUGGGGGAUGCCUUCCAGGAGCCCAGCGCCCGGCUGGAGCUGGACGCCAUCGGCUCUGCGCCCCCGCAGGACCACGUGUUUAAGGUGGGCAGCUUCACCGCACUGGGCAGCAUCCAGAAGCAGUUGCAAGAGAAGAUCUUUGCAGUCGAGGGAACCAGAUCCAGGGCCAGCAGCUCCUUUCAGCAUGAGAUGUCACAGGAAGGCUUCAGCUCAGUAUUCACAGCGGAUGGACCAGUUUUGGGGGCCGUGGGGAGCUUCAGCUGGUCCGGAGGUGCCUUCCUGCACUCCCCCUCUAGGGCUGCCACUUUCAUCAACAUGUCUAAGGAGAGUAUGGACAUGAGGGACGCCUACCUAGGUUACUCCACCCAGGUGGCCCUGUGGAAGGGGGCGCGGAGCCUGGUCAUGGGGGCCCCUCGUUACCAGCACACGGGGAAGGUUGUCAUGUUCACCCAGGAAUCGGGGCAAUGGCAGCCAAAUGCUGAAGUCACAGGGACCCAGAUUGGCUCCUACUUUGGGGCCUCCCUGUGCUCCGUGGAUGUCAAUGGAGAUGGCAACACUGACCUGAUCCUCAUUGGGGCCCCCCAUUACUAUGAGCAGACCCGAGGGGGCCAGGUGUCUGUGUGCCCCAUGCCCAGGGGGAGGGCUCCGUGGCGGUGUGGGUCUGUUCUCCGUGGGGAACAGGGCCAUCCCUGGGGCCGCUUUGGGGCAGCCCUGACCGUGCUUGGGGAUGUGAACUGGGACAAGCUGACAGACGUGGCCGUCGGGGCUCCAGGAGAGCAGGAGAACCAGGGUGCUGUUUACAUCUUUCAUGGCACCCCAGGCCUGGGCUUGGGCCCUGCACACAGCCAGAGGAUCCCUGGCUCCCAGCUGUCCUCUGGUCUCCAGUAUUUUGGGCAGUCGCUGAGUGGGGGUCAGGACCUCACCCGGGAUGGACUGGUGGACCUGGCUGUCGGGGCCCAGGGACACAUGGUGCUGCUCAGGAGUCUGCCAGUGCUGAAAGUCGGGGUAUCCAUGCGAUUUGUCCCUGUGGAGGUGGCGAAGACUGUGUACCAGUGCUGGGGAGAGGCGCUCCCCCCUCUAGAAGCUGGGGAGGCCACAAUCUGUCUUACCAUCCACAAGGGCUCAUUUGACCACUUAGAUGCUAUCCAGAGCUCUAUCAGGUAUGAUCUGGCAUUGGACCCAGGCCGUCUGGUUUCCCGUGCUAUUUUUCAUGAGACCAAGAACUGGACUUUGACUCGAAGGAAGACCCUGGGGCUGGGGGAGCACUGUGAAAGCGUGAAGCUGCUUUUGCCUGACUGUGUGGAGGAUGUGGGGAGCCCCGUCAUCUUGCGUCUUAACUUCUCCCUGGUGGAAGACCCCAGCUCAUUCUGGAAUCUUCGCCCUGUGCUGGCUAUGGGCUCACAAGACCUCUUCACUGCUUCUCUACCUUUUGAGAAGAACUGUGGCCCAGACCACAUCUGUGAAGGCGACCUGGGGGUCAACUACAGCUUCUCAGGCCUGCAGACUCUGAUGGUGGGGAGCUGCCCAGAGCUCAACCUGACGGUGACAGUGUGGAAUGAGGGAGAGGAUUCCUAUGGAACGGUGGUCACUUUCUACUACCCAGCAGGGCUGGCCUAUCGAUGGGCGUCAGGAACACAGGGACCUCACCAGCACCCACUGCGUCUGGCAUGCGAGGCAGAGCCCAUUCAGAAGGAAGGCCUGAGGAGCAGCAGGUGUAACAUCAACCACCCCAUCUUUCGAGAAGGUACUAAGGCCACCUUCGUGAUCACAUUUGAUGUCUCUCAUGAAGCCAAUUUGGGAGACAGAUUGCUUAUUAGGGCCAGUGCCAGCAGCAAGAACAAUAAGCCUGCAACCCAUAAGACCUCCUUCGGGCUGGCGCUCCCGGUGAAAUAUAUGGUGUUCACAGUGAUCAGCAGGCAGGAAGAUUCCACUAAGUAUUUCAACUUUUCAUUUCUGGAUAAGGAGACCACAAAAGAGGCCAAACAUCGAUAUCGUGUGAAUAACCUGAGCUGGCGAGAUCUGGCCGUCAGUAUCACCUUCUGGGUUCCUGUCCUGCUAAACGACGUGGCUGUGUGGGCAGUGGCUGUGAAGGCCCCUGCACAGAGUCUUCCCUGUGUGUCAGAGAGGGAACUUCCUCAGCAUUCUAACUUCCUGACUCAGAUUCCAACAACUUCCGUGCUGAACUGUUCCAUCGCAGACUGCCUGAAGUUCCGCUGUGACAUCCCCUCCUUCGGCAUCCAGGAGCAGCUGGACUUCCUCCUGCAGGGCAACCUCAGCUUCGGCUGGGUCAGCAAGACAUUGCAGAAGAAGGUGUUGGUCACCACAGUGGCUGAGAUCACGUUCGACACAGCUGUGUAUUCCCAGCUCCCAGGCCAGGAGGCGUUCUUGAGGGCCCAGAUGGAGACCGUGCUAGAAGAAAUUCAGGUCUAUCACCCCACGUUCCUUGUGGUGGGCAGCUCUGCAGGUGGGCUGCUGCUGCUGGCCCUCAUCACAGCUGCCCUGUACAAGCUUGGCUUCUUCAGACGUCAUUACAAAGAAAUGCUGGAUGUCAAGACGGAAGACCCAGCCCCAUGCACUGGGGAUGAUGUUAGCUGUGAGGCCCCAGAUCUACCUUCAUUCUAAUCUUCUAUUUUCCAGUCUAUCUCUACUCCCAUGGCUGUUUUUUUUCCCUCUACCUAUGAAUCUAUUUCUGUGAGAACAACUUUCUCAUAGAUCUGGGCUGGUCUGAACAACCUCUUGGGGGCUAGGCCCUCUUCCUGAGGAGUUAAAAGAUUGCUGUGCUUGUGGCUGUAUGAUGGACUUCUUCAGUGAUUGUCCUUAUUUGGAAGGGGCAGUCAAUGUCAGUGUAAAUGUUCCUAUGUGACAGUAAGAACUCUCACACAAUGCUUACACUACAUUUUCCUUGUCU